UGCUUUACAAAUAACACCUUUCGAUUCAGAGAAUCUGAAGUCUUUCUCUGACAUUACUAUCUUACCCACAAUGGCGUCAAAAGACCUCCCUCCUUCGACCGCUCCCUUCUUUCCCAACGUCUUCUUUUAUAACCAAUUCUGUGCCAAACCCAAUUGGCCACCCGCAACCACAAAUCUCUCUGGUCAAGUGGCCAUAAUCACCGGAGGGAAUACUGGCCUGGGAUUUGAGUGUGCAUUUCAGCUUCUAUCUCUUCAGCUUAGCCACUUGAUCCUCGCCGUUCGCUCUCUCGAAAAGGGCGAAGCCGCAGCGGCCAAGCUUCGAGCCGUUAAUCCCACGUCAACAAUAGAUGUCUGGCCACUUGACAUGAGCUCAUAUGACUCCAUACAAAGCUUUGCAAAGCGGGUUGAAAACAACCUUUCCCGCCUAGAUAUCGCUAUCCUCAAUGCUGGGGUGAGACAAGCCCAGUUCACCACCAAUCCAAGCACCGGCCACGAGGAAACAAUUCAAGUCAACUAUCUCUCCACCAUGCUUCUCGCUAUCCUACUCCUUCCAAGCUUGAGGGACAAAUCUCCGAAAGGAGUGCCAGGGCGAUUAACUAUCGUCAGCGCGGCACUAUCGCUCCUGCCAAGCUUACCAAACGUGAAGGAUGCGCCACUUCUGAAGUUGUUCGAUCGUCCAGAUACAUAUGAUGCCAAUGGCAUUUACUGCAUGUCGAAGCUUCUCGCUCAUGCGUUUCUCUACAAGUUGGUCGAAUAUGUCGGUGCAGAUGAUGUGAUUGUGAACCUGGCAGAUCCGGCCUUCGUCAAGGGCACUGACCUGAGCCGGGAUUCGCCUGGCCUUGCGAAGGCUGGGCUAGCGGUGUUUGGGGUUUUGACGGGGAGGACAGUCAAGGUUGGUGCAUCGACGUUUAUUGAUGCUGCCGUGUUGAAGGGGAAGGAGUCGCAUGGGUGCUUCCUUAUGAGUUGGAAGAUUGAACCGUUUAAUGCAUCGCUGUAUACGCCAGAGGGAAAAGAAUCUAUUGAGCAGCUCUGGCAGGAGACGAUGGAUGAACUUGAUUUUGCUGGUGUUCGAAGGAUACUUGAGACUCUGUAACUUUUUAGAACGGAGCAAACAAACAAAGGCUCAGUCACCUCUUUUGGUGCUUGUUUAUCAAGCUCGAUUCGGACUUGCCAUGUCUGCAAAAUUAUAAUGUUGGCAGCAACAGACUGAAAUUGGCCCUAGGGAUUGAUGAAUAAUUGGAUCGGCAAAGUGCAGAAGAAAUCCCCAUCUGCAGCCUGUGCUUUAUGAGGAUCCAUUCAAACUUUGAAUAUGUUCUGCAUAAGCAUACCUAAUAUAGUAUAAUAAAAGGAGGUUUCAUAAC